GAGUCAAUGUAGACGGGUAGGGUGGUGUUUAGUAGGAGUGUCUGUUGCUACAGCAGCGCGAGAGGUGAAGAUGGAGGAACUGGAUGAUUUUAAUGAUCCAAAGAAAGCUGGUGACCUGCUACCAUGCAAAAACUGUGGAAGAACAUUUUUUGGUGAAACUUUGAAGAAGCAUGCAGCUAUUUGCCAAAAAGUGACAACAAAGAGGAGAAAAGCAUUUGAUUCCAGUAGGCAAAGAGCAGAAGGGACAGAUAUCUCUACAGUGAAGCCAUUAAAGCCAAGGCCAGAGCCGCCAAAGAAGCAGUCCAACUGGAGAAGGAAGCAUGAGGAUUUCAUAGCAACUAUUCGAGCAGCUAAAGGGUUGACUCAGACAUUGAAAGAGGGAGGACCACUUCCACCACCACCUCCACCAUCUUAUGAUCCAGAUUAUGUUCAGUGUCCAUACUGCCAAAGAAGAUUCAAUGAGAAUGCAGCAGACCGACAUAUAUCUUUCUGUAAAGAACAAGCAGCUCGCAUAAGUAACAAACCAAAAGCUCCUGCUGAUGGGAAGGGGAAAACAGUUGCUUCACGAACGCAGACCAAGCCUCCAGCUGCAAAGAAGAGCUCAGUUCCAUCACCAUCGUCUGUAUCUUCACGAUUGCCACAACCUUCCAGUGCUGGUAAACCUGCUGGAGGUGUAGCUGUUAGUAAAGUAACAUCUUCCCCUACCGGGCCUUCAGGGAAGAAAUCUCAGUCUCUCUCUCCUGCUCACAGAAGUCCAGGAGCAAUAACAAGCCCGCCAUCUGGGGCUGAUUAUAAAAGUGAAUAUGACAUAAGUGACUCAUCUGUAUCAAUGAAUGGGGAGAAUGUCACAGGCAAUGACAGAAAUUCAUCUGGACAGAUGCCCAAAUUCUGCCACGAGUGUGGCACAAAGCACCCUGUAGAAUGGGCAAAGUUUUGUUGUGAGUGUGGCGUUAGAAGACUGAUUCUGUAAACCAUGAACCAUGUUGAGGAAUAUGCAGCUUUGCACAAUUUCCUUGCAUUCAUUGCUAAAAAUGCAAUUAAAUGCCUCAUUUACUCUGCAGGUCCAUUUACUGAUAAAAGCCCUGUACAAACUGUUUAACGUUUUGCCAGUCUUUUAAUUGCACAGUGGCUUGAAUGAAGAAAAGCAGAGGGAAAUGCUUACUAAUUGUGCCACUUGUUUCUUUACUGAACAUUUUAAAGCUCACCUUGUAUUCCAUGUAGCGUUUGUACAUAUGUAGAAUGUUUUAUCAUACAAAAUGUAAUAAAGCAGCACUAACAUUA